UGUACGGAAAUGCACCGGAGAAAAACGGGACACUGGGGACAAACUAUUCACUUGCACAAUGGCUGCUUCAAGGAAAGUGGGAUCUUUGCGCCUGCCUCCGCUGCCCACUGUAGGUGAGCUGAUAAAGCUGUACAACCUGCGAGCAGAGAAGCAGCUUUCCCAGAACUUUCUGCUGGACUUAAAGCUCACAGACAAGAUAGUUCGCCAGGCCGGCAGUUUGACAGGUGCUCACGUCUGCGAGGUGGGUCCAGGUCCUGGUGGUCUCACCCGCUCCAUUCUUAAUGCAGAAGCGGCAGAUGUGCUAGUUGUGGAGAAAGAUUCACGCUUCAUCCCUGGACUGAAGCUGCUGUCUGAGGCAUCACCAGGCCGGCUGAGGAUUGUUCACGGAGACAUUCUCACCUACAGGAUGGAUCGAGGAUUCCCAGCAGCUAUCUCAAAGCCUUGGGAGGAAGACCCACCAAACCUUCACAUCAUUGGGAACCUACCAUUCAGUGUCUCGACCCCACUCAUAAUCAAGUGGCUGGAAAAUAUAGCAGACAGGACGGGGCCGUUCACCUUCGGACGCACCCGACUCACCCUCACGUUCCAAAAGGAGGUGGCAGAGAGGUUGACAGCCAGCACCGGCAGCAAUCAGAGAAGUCGUCUGUCCAUCAUGGCUCAGUAUCUUUGCACCGUCAAGAAGUGCUUCGUCAUCCCUGGGCGAGCGUUUGUUCCCAAGCCAGAGGUGGACGUGGGAGUAGUUCACUUCACCCCUCUGGUCAAGCCUCAGAUUCAACAGUCCUUCAAGCUGGUGGAAAAAGUAGUCAGGAACGUUUUCCAGUUCCGUCGGAAGCACUGCCAUAAAGGAAUUGGAAUGCUGUUUCCAGAGGCGUGCCGCUUGGAGCUGACGCAGGAGAUGAUGCAGAGGGCAGACGUGGACCCCGUUCUUCGCCCCACCGAGCUCACCAUACCCCAUAUAAGGGCCUUAUCGGACGCCUACGCUCACCUCUGCACCAACGACCCCAGCCUGUUUAGCUACGACUUCAGAGAAGAACUCAGACUGAAGCACCUGGGGAGGAAUCACCACACUUCAGUGGACGCGUUUAAGGAGAUGCAGAGUGCUCCACAACCGUGCUGAAAACAAGCAUGAAAACCAAAAGGAGCCCACUAAUAGCCUCUGUUAGUACAGAAAGACAACACAUUGCUCUUAGCUUUGACAUUUCCACCUGGCACAGACAUGCAUUUUUAAACAUUCUCUUUGCACCCUGGGAGAAAUAAGUCACUCGAAACACAUGAAUGGUGUACGAGCGGUGCUUGCCUUCCAUGCGUUUUUAGAAAGGGAAAGAAAGCAGCUAGUUGCCCAUAGCAGCUUCUGGCGAGUAAGUAUCUCUUUAUGUCCCAUUUCUUUUUUCAUUUCUAUCUAACACCUUGUCCUGUGGGAGCUGAAAGAAAUGUCAGUGCUUUCAGAGUGAUUUAGAGAACGGGAACAUGGCAGCUCCACAUCCAGGACAAUUUUUUUUCAUUCUAGUGUGUAUUGCUCCGUCACUUGGGAGACGGAGCUUAAAGGGCUGCUGAAAUUGCUGCGAAUUUGUCAGCUCAAAUAAGAAACCAGACAAAAUAAGGAUCAGAACUCAUAGUAAAAUAUUUUUUAACCAUCUUUUUUCUUUUUUUACAUUCUCUCAUUAAAUAUUUUAUUGAUUAUGUAAGCCGUUGUUUGCACGUAUGUCAAAGCUACUAGUAAAUGAGCCAACAAAAUAUUACCAGUUUUGUUUUUAUCAAAUUAAAAUGCUUUGUAAGCAAAAUUAAUGUUGUGAAUAAACUUGAAGCAGUAGUUAUUAUUCAAAUGUUACAUGAAAGUAUUUUAAAUACUCCUUUUUGAAUAUUAGAGCAGGUUUUUACCAGCAGAACAUGGCGCUGCUGCUCCCUGCCAGUGCGACAGAUGGUAUGCUUGGGUUGACUUGCCAGAAAGCGACUUCGUUCCGUUUUGAUGAGAGAUGGGUGAUAAUCUCUUGCAGCAAUGGAAAAUUCACAUGGAUAGAGAUACUGCAUUCUACAGUUCACUCUUUGGCCUUAAAAGAAAUCCUGAGUGGUGCAGUGCUGUGCUGAGCUUUUAUUUUGGUAAGUGAGGGAACGUGGCUGAUUUUAAUGGUGAGAAAUUAUGUCAUGCAGAGGAGCAGCAGGGUAGUGAUGUGCUAAUGAGGUAUGGCUGUGCAGUGGUGCAGACACCUCUUUGGACUCUGCAGUAUUUUUAUGAGCUAUUAUAAGGUCUUUGAAUGUCAAAUUUCAUGCAUUGUGUAUCAACAACGUAAUCAUAGGGGAGUUCUGUCUCAUCAGCAUUUCUAUUAUUAACUCGAUAAUAUUAAACAGACAUUUAAGAUUUGUUUGAACUGCAUGCAAAGCAGGUUUGUUUAUAACUAGAUCAUUUAGCAUCAGACUGUGCCUUGCUUUUUCUAAAUGCAAGCACAUGAUUGUAUUCAUUUUAAAAGGAUUUUGUGUGAUGGUGCAAAACAUUGAAGAGCAAAGAAAAUACUGGGUUUCACAAGUAGCUGCUAUUAAGAAUCUGACUUGUGCCUUUGGAUUCUUUACCCUGAGUCAAUCUUUUUGGGUUAUGUCUUUACCAUCCGGAGUCCUUCAUUUUUGGCCAAUCUUACAGAUGAGCAUGUUUCUAUCAGAGCCAUUAUUUUGUAGCUGGCAGUUUUGGUGUUGCCAUCCUGCUGGAAGGUGAGCCUCCGCCCUCAUCUCAAGUCUUUUGUAGCCGCUAACCUGUUAUCUUCCAGUCUUGCCCUGUAUUUAGAUUCAUCCACCUCACCAUCAACACAGACCAGCUUCCCAGUCCCUCCUGAAGAAAAGUAUCCCCACAACAUGAUACUCGUGUUAGUUUUCUACCAUGUGAUUUUUAAGCUUGUAACCCAAUGAAUUUAUUCUCAUUUGGCCAGCAGACCUUCUUAACCAUGUUGUGGAUCUCUGCAGUUCCUCUAGUUACCUUUUGGUUGCUUCCCUAAUAUAUGCUGUCCUAACUGGACCUAUAAGUUUAAUUGGAUGACCAUAUCUCAGUAGGCUUUCAGUUUCAUACUUAUCUUCUUCACAGUGAUGUGUGCUAUAUAAUGCCAGUUUGCCAUAUGACAUAAAAUCCCAAUAGAAUGCACAGUUGCUAUGAAAGUUAAUGGAGUAAGUAUACCUUUUUAUGGAAAUAUCUGCUUUGAUUUGUGUGUCACAGUCCUGUACUCUGCCACAAAAUAGGCUUCACACUACCAACAAGCUGCUGUCACACACUGGAGAAAACAAGAUUCCUUUAGAGUUCAACAUCAAUAAAAAUUAUGGAAAAACCAUCAAACGGCCGUUUGAUUCAGUUGUGUUGGUGAACCCUCAGUUGGUGAACCCUCAACCUGAGGGUUAUAGGAUAGAAGCUUUGGAGAAUUAGACUUGCGUAUUUAGUGUUACUGUUAUGAACUAAGCACAAUCCUUGUUGAAAUGCUUAAGAAGUAGCAAAAACAAGAGGUUGACUACUGGGAAUAAAUAGCUUGUUGGCAUAUAAAACCAUGCAUAGGAAUAAAGCUUCUCCCAAUCUUAUAUUUCUGUGCCCCACUUCUGUCAUAAUUAUGCAUUCUAUUGAGUACAUACCUUUUCCAUCUAAAGGAGGACGUGGAAUCCUACAUGACAGCCAAUCAGGGACCACGUGUCAAAUUGAGAUGAGACACUUUGCGUCCCUGAACUGCUUCACCAUGCAGCCAAUAAGAAGGAAGUUAAUGCAGAACUGAAGACACUAGUCUCUAGAUGUCAUUCACAAGAUGAAGCUUUUAUUUAUAAAACAUUUCCAUAAGAAUAGAGCAUUCACAUUCAUUGGUAUACUAGCAUUAAAAGGCAAGGUAAAGUUGCACAGAAGAGAAGUGGUUUGCCUUUUUUUUUUAAUAGUACCUCAAAAUGUAGAUUUAUUCUAUGGCAAACUGGCUACAAAAAUAUCAAAUUUAUUGCAAAUUCCUGCCAUAUUUCAUAACUGUUCAGUGUCACAAAUGCUGCAUGCAGAAAUGUUAGGAGAGAUUACAAAUGUGAUAAACAUAAGAAUUAUAACAAUCUUCAGUGACACAACCAAAUCCAAAUGGCUGCUUUAAAAAUGAAGUAAGGAAACAGCAAACCUUAGCAUCUUUUUAAUUUAAGAGUCAAUCAGAUCUGUAGCCUAAAGUUCAAGCAGUCACCCAAAAGCUUCUCAACCAAGAAUAAUUCAAGAAAUAACUUAAAAAACAGCAGUAAUGAUAUCAGAACCUGUACAGGUAAAAAAAUAAUUCAAAUAUGUAGGCAAACAGUGUACUUUAGUGCACAAAAUACAGCAAAAAGGCUUAGUUUUGUCAAUCAAUUUGCAGUUAUUUUUAGAUUUGGGCCAAAGAGUUUGGCCUGUGCAGCUCAUAAGGUCUAUGAUCACCUAAAUUAAAUUUGCUCCUGUGAUCUACAGCAUUUGGUUACAUUACAGUAAAUGCAUCAGGCAAUAUGAACUCAUGUGGAAACCUCCUGUCUGAAUAAUUUCAGUCCAUGCAUAGGAAACUUGAUUCUUUCUCCAUACCCUGUCACUAUGUGUACACUGUUGGUUCACCCUCUCUGUCAGCAAUCCUCUGUAACUGACAGUCGAGGACAUUCUCCCCAUUUUUUUUCACAGAAAAGGUCAGAAAUCAAAUCAAACCUGCCAAUCAGCCCAAGAUGUGGAGAGGAGGGAAUGUAAUAUGUCUUUUAGAUGGUUUGGUGGAGAAAAAAAAAAAA